AUGUCUUCUCUUAAUAGCAGUCCAUCUGCUUUGAGGCCAGGCAGCUGUGUGGGGCACCGGGUGUGGAUUCUGCUGGCGGUGACCCACAUGACCUUGGACUUCUCAGCGUGCAGCCCCCUCAGUCAAGGUCCGGGGAUCAAACUCAUGCCUAAACCGGUGCCUCGCUCGAGACCUCGACUGCAGCCCAUUUGGGACAUGCCUAACAAGAUCCACUGGAGAACAGUGAGCCCUUCGACCCGCAGGAUUUUUAACUCUAUACCUCCACCCCAAGACAAUAAAUCCGGGGUAGGGCCAAAAGUCACCGUCCAAAAGCAUCGGAGGCCCCCGCACAAACCGUGUAAGGAAUGCCGAUGGGUGUUCUCUGAAAAGGAGGCGAGCAAUCCGGGAGUAGCGGAAUAUACAGCUGCUUUUUCCAGAAGAGACAAAGCAAGGUUGCUAAGUCGAGCUAAACGGCAGCUCAAAUGGGAGAGCUUUGACAAGUCUCAGGAGGGCCGGACUACUACGGUGGCCGGAUUUAUAGACUGGGGACCCACAGGGCCGGACGGCAUGGAUGAGAAUAGUAAACCUGAGCCAAAAGUUAACCUGCCCACUAGGGCCUCUACUACCACAGUGACCACAACCGCUAGCACUACUACAAGGCUCUCCCAAAGGACGUUUAAUAUGGUGACUACGCCAGAACCCAAAAGGUUAAGCACCACCAAGGCCACUAACAGCUUUGGGGACACUGUCAAGCCACCAAAGCCAUAUGGGGAUACAUCAGGUUUGGCAGUUCACCAGAUAAUCACUAUCACUGUGUCUCUCAUCAUGGUUAUCGCAGCCUUGAUCACAACACUCGUCCUCAAAAACUGCUGUGCACAGUCAGGAAAUGGCCGCCACAAUAGCCAUCAACGCAAGAUCCACCAGCAGGAAGAAAGCUGCCAAAACCUGACAGAUUUCACCCCAGCCAGGGUUCCUAGCAAGAUGGAUAUCUUCACUGCCUACAAUGACAGUCUGCAGUGCUCUCAUGAGUGCGUUCGGACCGCUGUGCCCAUCUACACCGAUGAGAUGAUCCAGCAGACGCCUGUCUACAAGACUGCUUACAAUGGAAACAGGCCUUCACCCUCUGAAAGACAAUUGAUUCCUGUCGCCUUUGUGUCAGAGAAAUGGUUUGAGAUCUCCUGUUGA